AUGUUCGGGCAAUUUCGCAUGGCUCUGGAGCUGUAUAAGGGGAUGCUGAAAACGAGGACGUGUAAACCUGACGAGUUAAUGAUGUCGACGAUUGUAAAUGGCCUCUCAAAAUGCGGGUGUCUCAAGGCUGCCCACGAUAUGCUGCGUAGAUACGAGAACUCAGGGUACAACCCCGACAUCUACACCUACAGUGCCCUCAUCAACGGCUUUGUCCAGGAAGCUCGAAUCGAUGACGCACAGGAGGUGAUGGCCCAGAUGUUGGCCAAAGGGGUCCAUCCGGACGUCGUCACGUACACAUCCAUUUUGUAG